AUGACGUCGAGGCUGUGUUAUUUCGUACUGGAUGCGGCCGCGUCCAUCGGAAGAACGCUGCUUUCGCCUUUCGUAACCGUGCCGGUUCUCUUUGCGGUGACCUACCACUUGGAUACAGUCAGUCGGCUGCUUUCCCCGCUCCCACAAGGCUUGGCCUUGAUCUCACCCCCUCACCAAUCGAGCUCUCUGCUCAACGUGCUCCGCGUCGUUGUGGCUUGGGGUAUUCUACGGGCGGCAAACCGGGCACUCAGCGCUAUUGCAGCAACAUCAUGGCGGCUAGUUCCGGCGCCCGGCUGGGACUGGCCAAAUGAGAUCGCAGUCAUCACCGGGGGUUCCAGCGGCAUCGGCAAGGCCAUCGCCGAGAAACUCUCAAGUAUGGGCGUGCGGAUUGCGGUGCUGGAUAUACAAGAACUGCCAAAGGACCUUCAAGAAAACCCACGCGUCCACUUUUUUCACUGCGAUGUCACGAUAUUCAAGUCAGUCGCGGCGGCUGCGGACGCGGUCCGGAAUCAACUCGGUCAUCCUUCGAUCCUCAUCAACAAUGCCGGCAUCGCCAAGCCCAUGACAAUCCUCGAGACGGACGAGGUAUUCCUUCGCCGCAUCAUGGGCGUCAAUCUCAUGUCGAUGUGGUUCACAACGCAGCAGUUUGUGCCUUACAUGAUCGAGACCAACAAGGGCCACGUCGUCACCAUGGCUAGCAUGGCGUCCUUCAUCUCGGUGCCCACUGCGGCCGACUAUGCGGCGACUAAGGCCGGCGCCCUGGCAUUCCACGAGACGCUGUCGUUGGAACUCAAGCAUUACCACAAGGCACCGAACGUGCUCACAACCGUGGCGCACCCCAAUUUCGUCAAGACACCCCUGAUUCAAGGCUUUGCGGACAAUUUGGAACGAAAAGGACUUCGCUUACUCACUCCGGAGGAGGUUGCAAGCGACAUUGUCAAGCAGAUCAAGAAGAGAAGAGGCGGCCAGCUGAUCAUUUCGAAAGACGGCUCUUACUUGGCUGGGAUUAGAUCGUGGCCGCUGUGGCUACAAGAGGGCGUGAGGGAUAUAAUUGCUUCUGGAGCAGCCCAAAGGUAG